AUGAGCAAGCAACUCCUUGAGCGAGGCGAGAAAGUCAUAGCCACCGCCCGUAACAUCGACUCGAUCAAGCCAUUGAAAGAACUCGGGGCAGCGACUCUGCAGUUGGAUGUUACCGCGGGCUUUGAUGAGCUGAAAAGUAAGGUCGAAGAAGCCGUUUCUUUCUACGGCAGGAUAGAUGUUUUCUUUGCGAAUGCGAGCUUUGUGCAUUUUGCCCCGGUGGAAGAGGCAGACGUCGAGAAAGACAUUUUCCGCAGCAUGAACACACUCACCUUCGGCGUAACAAACAUACUCCGGUCUUUGAUGCCACACUGGCGCAAGCAGAAAUCAGGCUUCCUCCUCGUCAACAGCUCCUACACGGCCUUCUGGAGCACCGUCCCAGGCUGCGGAACUUACAUGGCCGCCAAAGCCGCAUUGGACCGUCUCGUCACCACCUUUGCCGCAGAGAUCGCAGACCAAGAUCUCAACAUCCGCACUUUGACCGUCCAUCCAGGACACUUCCGCACCAACGUCACGCACCCAACCAAGUACGACUUCGAUCGUCCGACAACGAGCUACAACGGGAUCCUUGAAUGGGGCAGAGGGGCGGUUGUGCAGAUGUAUGGAAACCAGCCAGGCGAUACGGGCAAGGCGUGUAAGGUGAUGAUCGAUCUGGUCAAGGGCGAGGGAGAUGCGAAAGGGAAGACGCUGCCGCCGAGUCUGCCAUUGGGGACUGAUGCUUGGGAGACGUGUGUACAGGAGACGGAGGCGUACUUGCAGCGGCUCAAGGAUUGGGAGCAUGUUAUACGGUCGACGGAUGUUGUUCCUGGGUCCAGUGCGUGGGGCGAGCAGAUGAACUUGCCGGAUCAGAGCAAAUGA